GUUGCAAUGCUCUGUUAAGGGUGGGAAUAGAAUCGUACAUUAUACCCCGGCCCAGGUAUCUCAAAGGGGACCAAUGUUUAUCGAUAAACCACUGCAUAAUAUGCGCCAGGUGCGCGCAACCACGCACUCUACGGUGACGAUAGGAUUGCGCGGGGGAAGUCGCAGCCAUAUCAUUUAUCUGAAACAAGUGUACUGAUGGGGGUCCGUUCGCGAAAUGUCCACGGGACCACCAGGAACUUGACAACUGACCCUCUUACGACACCGAAAUAGGUCUCUCCGGGCCAGAACGUUCAGAGAACGUACAACACUAGGCUGCUCGUGCCUCUUCAGGACCGUGGCAUGCUGCGGGCGCAUUCAGUUACGCCUGGCGGCUUCUUCCAAGACACUACGCGACGCCGGCUAUUAGCUUUCCGUGCGCCGCUCCCAGUCAGUGUUUAUUAACGUGUCGCGCUCUCGGCGUGCGCCCGUCAUUAGUGGAUCCCGCACACUCCGCCUGUCACUUCUUAUAUUUCUGUUCUUCCAAAAAAGAACAUCCCCCUCCCCCGCCAAUCCCGCGUCGUCGACGCACUCUUUCCCACCGGUUUUGAAGCAACAAGCUUGCAAGCAAACAUGGCGACGGGCCAACGGGUCGCACGUCGUCAGCAGAGCACGCUUCUGUUUGUGGUGGUGCAGCAGCGGUACCGAAAAAAAAAAAAGAAAAAAAACAAGAAGCGUGGGAAACGCGGCAAUAUGAAUGACAAUGCACGGCUCCACGCGACAGGGAGCAGGCCCGGCCCCCCUUCUUCCGCUACUGCUCGUGUGUCACGUGCACCGUGACGUCAACGGCACGUGACGCGAUCAAGGCUAUUACGUGCGCUCCCACCGUCUUCUGUUCUUUUUUUCUUUUUUACUUGCAUUUUUAUCUUCCUGCUGACUCGCACCGCCCCAGGGAAGGGGAGUGGGUGCGUCAGCGCCAUCCAAAGAGGAAAAGCGAGAUGCGAGAGGUUCGUACGUUCUCAUCUUGCCGUAUUUCUUUGUUUGUUUUAGUAGUCAGAAAAGGCCGCUAGAGGGAAUUAGUCGCAUGCGAUUUCAAUAAAGUCGCGGCGAAGGGAAUUUGACGAAAAUCGUUUUUCACGGUUGAUUGUGAGACAUUUAGCUACAUCUGGACAUCUGUUCAAGACGAACUUAUUGAUCCCAAUACGUCGUGACUGCCUAUUAAAUCAUGACACAGCCAAUGAGUUGAUUCCAAUUCGCUCAUUCCCAAAGUUCGUAUUAUGCGGGUAUGUAUGUCUGUCUAUGCGCCUAGCAUCCAAUGCGCGGAGCAAAAAAAAAAAAGAACGAUGGAUUUCAUUUCGGAAUCAUUCUCGUCUCUGAAUUCUUCUCGUCCUGCGUCAUUACGUGACAAAUCACCGGGAUUGGCAAUUAUACACGACGGAAUAAAAUAAAAAUUACUUUACACCGGUACAUAACAGGGCCCCAACUGCUAGACUACAGCGUUUUAUAGGUCGAAGACAUCUCGCAACUAAACAAAAGUCUAAAACAACAGAGAGAGAACAAAUGCAACCGCUGCUACCCAUAAAAAGCUGCAGUCAGCCGGCGAAAGCGGCUCCGGAAGAGAGCGCGAAGAACCCACUAAAUCGAAACACAAAAAGACAAACCAAGAGGCAGACGACGAUGCAAUCGCUGGCGAUGCCAGCGCUGCGACAACGACCGGCGGGAUGCGCUUGCGUAACACCCGGAACGGGGAGCUUCCUACCUCCACCGAGGCUUCUCUCCUCCCGGGGCGCACUGCGCCCUUGCAGGGGCGUCAUCGCUCAGCAGUGAAAGCGUUUCACCCUCUCUGCAUCCCUACUCCUCCUUUCCUUUCGGGUUUUCGUACUCUCUCUCUACACAUGCAAAGAGAGCGAGAGCGAAAGGCAAAGUCGGGGGGCGCCACAGUCGAGGCGAGAACAAACGGCAAGGGAGGCGGAGGAGGAGGCGGCGCGGAGAGUCCGUGCGUGCUCCCGUGCGUGUUUCCAACAUGGCGGCCAGCGGAUGCUUGGACGAGGAACGGAGCGAGGAGCUAGAACACAGCGUGGUGCGCAAGGCGUUGCUCGAUAUGAUUCGACCCGAACGGAUAUACCACCAGCGCGGCGAGUUCGACUACGCCCCCGUGAGGUCCUCGGCCGGCCCGGGGCCCAGCAGCGGGCCGGGCGGCCUGGCCAAAUGCCUCGUCGAGAGGCUCGCCAGCGGCGGCUCGGCGCCGUCUGUGCUGGUGAACAACAAAGUGGUCGUCGGCGCUGGCUCGGCGUCGUCGGCUCGCGGUCUCGCCUCGAAUGCGGCACGUCGGGACGGUUACGACGGCGACCAGGAGCCGGCGGAGUUCGCGACCGAGCGCCGCAACCAUCGCUACGAUCGCGCGCCGAGCACGGACAGUGUUGCCACGAGCAGCGGAGAGUCAUGCCGGUCAUCGAGCGACUCCGCCUCGUCUGCGCCGUGUUCCCCGGAGAGCGUCAUCAGCGACUCCGGUGGUGCCGAGGGCCUGCCGGACAGCGUCGCCAUCCUGGUGUCCGGAGAGCUCGCGGACGCCGUGCCCCCGGACUCCGGCUUCAACCUCUCCCGGCUCCUGCUGCCACAGCAGCACCGGCAGGGGGAGACCGCCGCCGAAGCCCGCAAGCGCGACCUCCGGCUCGUCGACGAGGUCGUGGCCGCCGCUUCGGCCACGACGACCGAGUCUCGGCCCGUUUCCUCGCCGCCCGCUUCGCCGCGUCCACAGUCGUCUGCUCUGGCCGCCGCCAUUUCCUUUUCGUCUGCUUCGUGUCUUUCAUCGCCGUCUGCUACAUUUACUGCCACUGCGACGUCUUCUGCUACGGCGUCGUCUCCCGUGGAGCGUUUUUUAGCGAACAGCACCGCGUCGACUGUUGGGCCGGUGGUGCCGCCGUCGUUGUCACCGUUGGCGACGUCACCCGUGCCGAGCGUGUCAGUGUCGUCUUCCAGCUGCUCGGCGGCGACUGCCGUUUCCCAUGCUGCGUUGUGUGUGACGGCGUCGGCGACGACGUCUUCCAGUUCCAUAGGUCUGCAGGCGUCGCCGUCUGCGUCGGCCAAGUGUGGUGUGUCCCAGGCAGCGGCUGUGUCACCGGCGUCACCGCCGGGAGCUUGUGCCAAAAGCAGCAGACGCAAGAGGAGGCAAUCUGGAGACGCAAGGAAGCGGGAUAGUCCGCUAGUAUCGGACGACGAUGCGGAGGACGAAGACAUCUGUCGGCGGAGAGAAGCCGAGGUGGAAUCCCUGCUGCGACACUGUAUCGAUCUCGUCGCGGACCGGUUGGACCCGCAACACUGUAUCAGCACCAGUUCGCUACGUGGGUACCGGAGGGAUCACCAGUCGGAAGCGCACCGUCAUUCGGAAACUAGCGGCCACCAGGCGUCGCCGUCGCGGAGCUGUCGCCACCAGGACCAUCAGCCUCACUGUAACAUCCAUCAUCAAGAACGACUCACGCUCGGCGACGGCUCCGAGGUCGCGUGCGGCUCGCCUCAGGAGCGCCGGAGCAGCUGCCACGUCCAGGAGCAGGAACAUCGUCACACGGGUCACGAUCAUCAUCAUCAGCAACGCAAUCAACACCACAGUCACCACUCGCAACCGCAGGAUCACAAACCGCAAGAUCAAGAGACCCACGCGAAGCACCACCCCCAGCCCCACCGCAACACCCACCUCGAAAACCACCACCAUCACGAGCACCUAAGACCGCCGUCGCCCAUCUUACCACCUUGUUCACCCGAGUGCAGCAGCAGUAGUACCAGCAGCAGCAGUAGCACCAGCAGCACCAGCAGCAAUUGCGGCAGCAUUCCAGGAGACGAUGAUUCGCAGUGUCUACUAGCAACACAGACUACAGCCGAAGAUGACGCAGCGUCGGCGGCCGCGCUGUCGAUGUCUGUUUCGUCAACGCCGACGACGGAUUCGCUGGCGCUAACGACGCCGCCGACGAUAUCGUUGUCGACGUCAACGGCGUCGUCGACGACGACCGCGGGGGUCUUCUCGGCGCCUUCGUCGUCGCUGCUGGCCACCGCGCCUUCGCCGUGUUCCUCGUCCCAGUCGGCGGCGUCGGUGGCGGCCGAGGACGGCCUGUUCACGUGUCGCUGGCUGGACUGCGAGAUGCGCCUCCGCAGCGAGGACUCUUUGGGAGACCACGUCCGCGGGGCACACGUGGACACGCAGACCAGGGACCAGGGCGUCUACCUCUGUCGGUGGCAGGGCUGCAAGGUGUUCGAGCGGCGUUCGUGUUCCCGGCAGUGGCUGGAGCGUCACGUGACCCUCAGCCACUGCGGUUCGCGGCCGUUUCCCUGCAUCGUGGCCGGUUGCGGGCAGCGGUUCGGCUCCCAGGCGGCGCUGCAGAGGCACGUCAACGCCCACUUCGAGAGGUCGCUUAACGGCUCCGGACCGGUUCCAUCAGGAGGCGGCGCUGGAAGCAGCGCUUCCGGGAGCGGUGUCACUUCCGGCGGAAGCCUCCUCGGAUCUCGGGGCCUGGGCUCCAAGGAGCUCGCAAGCGGCGACUCUCCGCUCAAGCUGCUCAGGUUGCGCAAGAAGCUCAAGUGCCGGCGUCGAGCGUGGGCGACCGUAAAACAUCCCGAUUUCUUCGACGCCGGUGUGAUGGAGGAGCUGAGGCACCGGCUGACGGAUGUCAGCGCCCCACAGUCACCUGCAGAGCCCCACUCCUGGAAUGGGUCCACGGUCACCUUCCAUGCAACGGUGAUGGCGAGAAGGAAAGAAAAUACCGGAAAAGUGAAGGUGCUUCUUCACUGGGUUCCUGAGCACAUCCUGCCCGACAGCUGGGAGCCGGAGAACCAGAGCACUGAAAAGGUGGUUGCCCUGUCAUCGUUGUCUGCCGACGACCUGCACACGCUAAACCUGUGGCCCAAGGAUCUGCCAACGCCAUGUCAGGGGUUGUCUGGAAGCCGCCGACGCAAGCGGAAGUGAUGGCGACGACAAAGUCACUCAUCUCAGGGUCGUGAUGACGCAACACUGCCAAGGCUUUUUUCCAACAAUGCCAUUCAUCGUCAACGGCUGCUUCAUCAACAAGUGCAGCACGCAUAUGUGGACACAAGACUGCAUCACCGUCGGGAGCAUAAUUUAUUUUGUGAGCUUUCAUUUUGCGCAUCUGCCACGCAUGGCUUGACUGCCACUGCUGCACUCUCAUCGCCAAGUGCCCUCUGCAGGCAACAGACUCUUCACUGCCUUCAACGACUGCGCUGGCGACUCUGUGACUGCAGAUACAGCUUCAGAUAUGGCUGUGGCUAUGACUGAGGCUAGAACUCUUACCAUCAGGCCGCGUGUGGGGGAGGGGAGCGGUGUGCCCCCUAGUGGUGCAAAUGCUAAGUCCUUAUCUGCCUCAUUUUGACAGUUUAGUCAGUGAAAGACUGCUUUUCCUUAACUUCGGUGUGCCGUUAGCCAUGGCAUCGUGUAGACCGCACCACAAUCCAUCGUGGACAAGACCAAGUGGGUAACCUGCCAAUACUGAACGGGAAACGAAACUUACAGCGAGUCGUCACUGGCCCAAGGACGGUGGUCUUUCGGUCAGCAGACGGAUCAACGGCUCACGACGGUCACUGCCCACGAAGGAGAUGCACUGGUGGAAGUUUCAAGUAGCCAACACUAUGCAGAUGUUAGUUGUCAAAGCACUGUGCUACGGUCUUAUUCUUUUCUUCCAUUUCACUCACCGCUCUUUGUCUUGUCCGUGACCUUGGGCGAAAAUGUAGAUGUGGGAUUGGAGUCAUGUGAAAUCACGUUUCAUCAUUGGGUUUCUGCUUUUGGAUGUUUCCAACUCAAAAUGGUAGUUUUUUUUUGCAGUUGCAGUGUAAAGUGCAUACAGUGCAUCAGAACCUGUCCUGAUGAUGCUGACUCUUCUGUUCUUUCUUGUACUAAAUUUUGCUGAGGCCUUAGUUGAAGCGUUUGGGAGUUCUUGAUUCAGUGUGUUCAGUUACAUUGAAAGUGGAACAUUUGUUUAUUAUGUCCUUUUUUUCUUUUUUACGACACAUCCUCAUUUGCACUUAGGCUUCUCUGCAUAGCAUGUCUUGCUGAGUGGCAGCAGUAUAAUGCCAGCUCUAUGCAAUCCCCAGAAAGUGCUUUGGAUUCCUUGUUUCUUAGAAGGCACAGAACCUUGAUGGCUGAUAGGCUCUGGUUGCAGCAGAGUAUGAGUUAUGAAAUUACCUCUUAUGUGCACAAUUGCAUUUGCACAAACACAACGAGUAUCUUUUUGUUUCUAGUAUUAGUUCAGCAGGCGGUCAAAAUCAUUCCUGGAGCCGCACCCAGUCCAGAUCAGAGGAAUAGAAUUUAGUAGCUGGAAAAACAAGUGAACAUUUUGAACACGUGCAGCAGUGUCAUAGGGACUGAACUUGAGAGAUGUUAUAACUAGUAAAAGGUAUUAGCAAGGAGCUUAUCGGCAGAGUUCUCCAGUAGUAUGAAGCACAUAAACGAAGGUUGGGGUUCCAGCUUCUCUCCAGUCAGCAGACAUGCUUCUUGCUAUAGUGGCCAGGUCUUCUCAGUGAGCCUUCAUUUCACUGUAAGCCAAGCUUGCUUGGUGUCGCUUUGUGCUUCUCGCAUUGCUCAUGAAAGUUCAGGCAAAAUGUAGGCUUUUUUUUUUCUUUUCUUGCAAUAAUGAAACCACACUGCAACAGUGCUGGGAUUACAAAUGCUGACCUACUGCCAUAUUUCCCAUUUACAUUUAUGCAAGCAACCCUAAGUGACAUAAUUAGUGCUCUGAGUUUCACUGUGUGUGUAUGCAAUUGUCGGGCUGUCUGCAAAGUAGCCUCGAGAAGAGUUUCAUUUUACAUAUGCAGAAGGCUCUCUCUCAUGCAUAUAUUGCCUGCUUCGUGCAAAGGAGCAUAGGAGGUGUGCACUGGACUUGCUAUGUGUUUCAAGCGUUGCAUGAACACUAAUGAAUGCAAGGGGGAUCAUUCUGGCUUUAAAAACAGGUCCGCACACUUCCGUCUUUCCGUGAAAGCGGAAGGAAUUAGCUUUUGGGCUACGUCUUAGUUUGUUGCUGGGCUUAAUCUUUCUUUCUAUAAGUUAACGAUAAUUACAAUAGCGCUAUUCGUUGCACUUCAGUGUCUUCAUGUGAAAAAUGUGAGAAAUCUACAGCCUAGCGACCACUUCUCAAGAUUCUCAUGCACUAGCAUCUAAAUAUUUGGUUUUAGUUGUUAGUCUGUUGAGACGUGUGCGCAAAAGUUGGCUUAGUAAAAUCACUGUCAUUACAGAUUGACCCAUACUCUAAGAAAGCUUUGUGUCCUUUGGGGCAUAUCUUGUUCCCAAACAAUAGUUAUCUAUCUUGUGUGCCAUUUCCUAGUGUUGCGUGCCCGGUACUUUCAGAUCACUAACGGCAUGCAUAUAUUAGCCUGACACACCAUUUUUUAUGGGAAAGUAGUAAGUGCAGAGUUUUCAAUAAGUGCAAGCAAGACAGAUGACAAUAAUUGUUUGGGGACAAGGAAAGCCCCAAAUGGUAUUUACUUCUUUUAAAGUGUAGCCAAAUGAUAGACCUACUGAGAAUGAUCUGUCUUCAUUCUCAUAAGUCUAUUUGGUUUCCCCACAGUCUGUAUGAAAAGAUACAAUGCUCCGUAUCAAAUUCACAUGAAUAAUAUGGAAAACAUUCAAUUACAAGAGUGCAAGCACAUUUCUUUUUUCGAAGGAGCAAAUGAUUGCAGAAUGUGGUUGAGUAAAAGAGGCCAAGCAACCUUCAUAGCUUGCUUCUACUUAUAAUAGUAUUUUAGGACAUUUCUGAGGAACCAUCACAGAAGCGUAAUUAGUUGUUUAAUCUACAUGGCCUUGUCAAGUGCACAAACCAGGUAUUUCAGCAAAUGCUUUUUGCAGCAAAUGCAAAUUUUUAUUAGUCACAACUCUGUGAAGUGACAGACAGGGAUACUUAAUUGUGUUUAAUUGAAAUGUAUAAAUAAUAGCGUAAAUGUAAAUGAAAGUGGACGGAAAGAUAACUUGCAGCAGGACCUGGAUGGCUUUCAGGAUUAACAUUUGCCGUGUAUCACUGUUUUAAGUAUUUUAGGGAGAUCUCUUUAUUUUCAAAGUUCUGAACGAAAGGCAAAUGCGGCUAAUAAUUUCCAUACAGCAAACUUCAGUUGUCAGUACCAGUUAAACAAAAUCCUGAAGCUUGUUUGACGCAUGAACAUUGAAGUUUUUACAAAUUGACGUACUGGCCAUCAUUGCUAUGCUGGAUCAAGCCCUGUACUGCCAGUGUGCAUAGACUUUAGCAGCAGUCUUUCCAGUAAUUUAAGUAAGAUACAUUAUGGUCUAAUUUAAUAAUAUACAUUGAAUCGACAUUUGUCUAUAGGACUUCCUUCAGAGUUGCUUUUAGCAUUCCCUGAAAUGCCUGGUAGUAUAUGCCCUGACUGGUUGAUAAGCGGUAUGCAAAUGGUCCAGGUAUUCACAUUGCCUUCUGCGGGGGUAGGCUCAUUAAGAACUUUCUUUUUCUGUGGAUUCAGCAAACACUGCCAGGGUUUGUGUUAUGCAGAGCGACCACUGUUCAGGCGUGGGCAGGAACAGUUGAGCUAUUGUGAUUCCAUUCGUUUUGUGUAGUUGCCACGGCGAGUGUGUGGCGCAUUGAAUGAAAUAUGGGCUAUAACUAGCUGAAGAGCCAGCCAUUGCAAAGGAACUGUAAAACCAUGGCAAAUGAGAUUGAUAUCUUCGCUAGAAACUUAUUUGAUAUUGAUUUGAGUCAUUUAGCGCCGAACAAACACAGCCCAUAGAAGUCUUAUCAGAUUUUCUGUCCAACUUCAUCACAAUAUAUUUAAGUGUCACCUUAAUUCUGCAUAGUUGUGGUCUUAGUGCCUUUUGUGAGUCUAAUUUGACUUUCUUGUGGCAGGAAUGUUGAUAAAUAUUCCUGAAGAAUAAGCUCCUACUGCUUACUGCAAAGUCUUGCAAAAUGUAAAUGUGCAUCAGAUUUUGUUGCUCUCCUUAGAGGCUGCAAGCUCAGACAUGCGUUUCGAUGUUGAUAUUCUGUCGAGAUUUUUGUUGAUGUUAUUAGAUUGCACAGUUUUGUGAAGCUUCCUGCUUGUAUGUGGCCCUCUCACUUUUGGUAGGAGAACUGCUGCUUUACAGUUCUCUCGGCAACCUUUCCUCUGCCUGAUGACAAAUGGGGUGCAAUUGUUUCUUGGCAGAUCUUUUUUUUUUUUUUUUUCAUACAAAAGGUAUCUAGGUGCAAUGCACUUUAUCUGGGACCAUGUGCCUUUUGUGUCACUAUCUCUGAAUGGCAGAUGGACUUGAGGUGAUCCUUUUCCAAGACCUUGAUGCACCCAUCAUAGCAAACAAUAUGACUGAGGCUUCUAGCAAAUUAGCUGUGCAUAGAAUUCUUCUAAGCAUUGUUUGCUUUUUAAAGCUUGUGUUUGAGAUUGGCAAAAGCAACCCGAGUUAGUUCCCCAUAGAAUCAAAACAAACUUAUAUGAAGCCCUUUGAAGCUGCAGCCUUAAAGUUUCUCGACAGCUUGUAUCAAAGUAUGCUGCUCCAGAUAGGGCAAGGAGAUUGUUUCUGCAUUUUUAAGUUCAGACGUUUUUUGCGGUUUUCGUUGCAAACAAAAUUGAAAUCGAGUGUUAAGUUUAAUUUUUGAGAACAUAUAGGCUAAACAAGAUUUUGUAAUUCAGAUGGUAAAAUCAGUUAUUUGCUGGCAGGGGCUCAACUCGUGUGGCAAGCGAGUUAAGAAACUUAGGGAGCUUUUUCGUUUUUGCAAAAUGCAGGGGAUAACUUCUUGGAGAGAACUGGGUAUGAUGGGUGCAGCUGGGUGCUUUGGCAUUGAUAUUGUAAUUGAUAUUGGAUUGAUAUUGAUUCGGCAUUGAUAUUUUCAUAAAAGACAGCAGUGGUAGGCGGUGGACUUGUAUUGACCUUGUGAUGGCAGGUGUGCAGGUGUCGAACAGUAUUCUGCAUAAGGAGGAGUUCAGUUUUGCAAAUGAGGAUUUCUAAAGGUUUUAUUGGCGCUUCCAAUGGCAGCAGUCGUCUUUGCAUCUCUUGCAAACGUUGCGGCUCCUAGCUACUACUACCUUUGCUCCGGAACUUAAAUCUCUAAAUUGAAAUGGAAAGAACUGAAAAGGGUUUGGGAAAAGAGCUAAUGAAUGCUACAGAGUGCAAGUUUCAAUGCCGUUGAGAGCCGACGGCGGCCCUGUGCCGACACGUGUCACAGUUGACAGGAGGCUGCAGCGUCAUGUUUCAGAUAGUUUAGCAAGCGACUGCCGUGCCGUGACUUGUCUCAUCACCUUCGGAUGUGCCGCAUGACGAUGGCAUUCUUUCGUGUCGUGAUUUUGUGAAUGUACAUGAGUCAUCCCGUUCAUUUCGUGCAGCCGCCGUAAUCACAUUUUACGCAUAAUUAGAUGUGGCAGCCAUCAGCAUAGCCGACAUUGACACAGUCUUAUUUAUUCCACUUGCUGCAUGUUAUGCCUGUCCUCGCACUACAUCUGGCACGUUGCGGUACGGCUUGGCGUAAACCUUAACCUGGCCUGCGAGCGUUUCUUUGUGUAGCGUAUUGCAGCAGAGCAGAUGGCUGCUGCAUUAUAAGCAGCCGUUGUGGUUCUUGAGAACAGUCUUAGAUGGAGUUACCAGAGAUAGUGGCAUGUGAUGCAGUGCUAUACAGACAUUUACACUGUAAUAUACUGAGGAGUAUAUAUAUAUAUUAUAUAUAUAUAUAUAUAUAUAUCAACUUUCAUAGCAGAGCUUGUAAUGAUGCCUAAUAUUUCACACGUGUAUAUUGGUAAGCCACACCUAUUUACAACCCCAAAUUUCCCUUGUAGUGGAAAUUUUAAUGUCCUUUUGCAGACAUCUAAUUAGGUGCUUCACUGUCAUCAACCUGUUUAGCAAUUAAGCGUAGUCCUUUCCUAAUCGCUAAACACAUUACUUGGCCUAAUGUGGACAUUCUUGUAAAAAAAAAUGCAUCCCAUUGCAAUGCACUUUCAUGCCUGGAUUCGCUUGCUUCAAAAACAUGUUGGCUAGAAUCUGUACUAAAUGACAUAUAAUUUGCUGCAUUGUACUUUGUUGGGGAUAAGUGCCUGACCUUUAAUUAUGAAAAUGCAGAGGCAUGUCCUCAAAACGGAACACAGUCUUCUGAUUAGAGAAAGGGAGACUGGAUAAUGAUAGAGAGAAGGCCUCCAAAUGAUAUGGUCCUGGUGGCAGCGAGCUUUGACGGAAGGAAAAGGUUGAAGGAAGUGAGGCACCUCACUACUGUAUAAAGCCCAGAACCAGCUUGUAACCCCCCAGUGUAUAUCUUCGAUCUCCCAGACCAAGUCUCCCACUCUACCAGCCAACAUGUUCAACACUGCCAUUGUAAAGAGAGUAAAAAAAAAAUUUUGUUUUUAAAGCUGUUUAUAAGAGAUAUAUAUACCACAUGAGAGAAAAAAUAUAUAUAUACGAGGCUUGUUAGCAUGGCGGCUAGCAUGUCUAGCAGCAACGGGAUGCAGAACCGAGCGCACGAUGGUGGCGUAGCGCUGCAUUCAGCGUGGAUCAGGUGGAGGCGAUUCGUUCGAGUUUGCUGUUUAUCCAAACUUCUAGUUUGCUGUGAAGAGUGUUGGUCAGCCGUAACUACAUCACCGUAUCUUUAUUGCAUGCUUUCGUACUGUAAACGAGCGAGUGAGCUUACUGGCAUUGUGGGCUGUUACACUUACGUGUGUGUAUAUCUCCUGAGCAUCACUUUGUUAUUGGAUUUCUGGCACUUGGCAGCAUUUCUAACUCUUGAUGGGCUGCCCAAAGUUUUGACCUGCCAAUGGUUCGAGCUGGACGUUAUGCACAAUGGUUGUGCACAAGUGAAAAGAGCCCUAACGUUUUCGUGUUCUUUUUUUUGAAAUUGGGGUAGAUUGGUUUACGUAUGAUUAUGAGUGCAUCGGCUCUUAUUUUAGGAACACUGUUGUAUCUUAUCAUUCCUGUUGCAGUUUUCUCUUUGAGAAUGCCAGUACCAUGCAAGUGAUGCCUUUGAUGCUGCAGUUUUGGACUCGUAACCAAAACCGUAUUGUAAUGGCUGGUAGUUUUAAAGGUACAUAUUGUCGAAACCUUGUCUUGUGUGUUGUGGUUGUCACUGGCCUUGUGACCUGCGAGAUGCCGGGAAUGAGUAAUGCUUUUAUUUGCGGCUGUGCGAGUCUGAUUGUGCUGCUCCUUGCUUCCUUAAUCCUAGAAAAAUCCUUGUCCUUGUAAGAUUCAGUCAACAUGAGGUUGACGGCACUGUCUAAGGAUGCUCCGUGGCGGUGAUCUAUGUUUAAGGUGUCAAAAUUUUAAACGGUAUCCCUCAUUAUUUGAUGUAAUGUUCUGUGUCCCAUCCUCGUUGGGACUGUUACGCUUUUGCAGUUGUAUAGUUUGUGGGGCAUACUGACAUGUGUCAAUAGGACUGUCAAUUGCAUUCGCAAUGCUUGUGUGAAGUCCAGCGCUUAAAGUUGAAUUGGUUGUUUCGUUGUCUGCGCUACGAUGCAGCCUAAAGAAUGAUUUAGAAUGUGGCUUACGGAAUGACAUCCCCUAUCACAAUGCAGAUAAGCUCCCGUGACAGUGGUUGUCUCGCUUCUUGUUACCUUUGCUCGACUUGAUUUGCACCCUAUUGCUGGCAGCUUCAGCUUGUCAUAUUCGAGUCUUGUGCAUGCUUGCUUUCUGUGGGUACCGAUUCUUUAUUCAUAUGUGUUGUCUGGCUGGUCAAGGGUUCAAAACGAAGAGCAUGUAGGUGUUUGAAGCUGUGCGUGUGCAGAUUGCUGCACAUUGCACGCACAAAUGCUUUUGUGAGGAAAUGUGCUGGUGGUUGGGUGGCGUGGACUUUUAGGGUAUGUGCUGGUUGCUGUGUUACAUAUCUGCUUUCUCCUUUAGGUGCACCUUACCAUUCUAAAAGCAUAUUGCACACUGGUUUGCCGGUUUGAAUUCAUUGGGUUUGUUUGCAGUCCUAGUCAUAUUGCAGCUAGCGUAAUGUUGCAGUGAGCAAAGAGUGACGUCGGCACUACUUGCAAAGCUUGCGUCGAUAUAGACUGGCAUUUCUGUUUUGGCUCCGUGCUUUUUUUUCUUGUUGAUUGUUUGACACUCGUGCUGAGAAUUUGCAAACAAGAGAGCUCAAUUUUGAUGAUGUUUACAUCACAAUGAUGCCAAAUCAGGGGCUGUUUGAGUUUCAACUGGCUCGAGUCUCACCCUGACUUACAUUCAGGUCGAGGUGCCACUGUAAGUUAGUCAAAACGGCAGAUUCUUUUUUGUUUCAGUUUUUGGUUAUGUUUGCAUCACGGCAGCGAGCCAUUAUGGCGAGGGUACUUGUCAAGUGUAGGAACCAUGCCUGCUUGCUUUGACUAAAACUUGGAAAAGUUAACAGCAGUGUGCUUUAUUACUUUUCAGCGCGAAAUUGCUCACUUUACUUAGGUAUUCACGGAAGGGCCAUUGACCAUUUCGGCUACUUUCCAAUGAUAAAAACAGGUUGGUGACGUGCUCAGAUAGCUCCUAGCUUGUAUUGAUGGCAAUUCACCUACUAACCAAUCUGAAGUAAAUUUUAAAAUUUAUAAAGAUUACCAAUGGAUCAGGAGAAGCAGAGAAGUUAUACACAGCUGCAUUAGCAAAGGAAAAUCUUUUUAAACACCGCUACAAUUUUCAUCAUUGUUCAGUUGAGUGGUCCAACUGUACUGAUAAUCUUUCACAAAGUGCACGUUGAUUUUGUCUGUGCUGGAAGUUGUGCUUUUGUGCGCUCGCCACUUAAAGUGGAAGCAGUGGAAUGAUCUCGAAAACCGGAGCAGACGACGUUUGGUACCAUCACGGUGGCUGCUUUUGGAUCUCUCUUAAUGUUAAGUUGCAUGUGAACGUUGGUCUGAUAUGUGUAGGUUUAGUUUGAGUGUUAAGGGGGGUGCAUAUGUUUGAAAUGCCUUCAGAGUGGCGUGUUCUGAAAGGGAGUAAAAAAAGUGUGUAUAGGUAGCCCUUCACUGCCAUUUGUUAGACGUAUGCCAUAAGUGAUUGUUUCACCACCUGGCAAAACGUUGCAUCAAGCAUGGAGCGUUUGCCUGGCUGUUUGUUUGACCAGAUCCCUUUUUGCGUUGUGUUUUUUGGGCUGUUUGAUGAGCGUUUUGAGAGUUGCUUUGUGUCAGAAUUUGUUUGCUUUGGUUUAUUAUUGAAAUAGCCUUUCUUUUUUAUCUUUAGGUUUAUGGGAACAAAUGUGCGGUCUUCUUCCUUCCAAAAAGUUCAGUAUUAGCAUUAGAACCGUACAGAAGCAUGCGUUCCUAAUGGGAUGGGGCAGUUGCUGCUAAUGAUGAUUACUUUCGAGAAAACUUGUUUCUGUUUGACUGGGACCAAUGUUUUUUUCUUGUCAUUCUAUAAACAUGGCUUGCCUUCUAUUUGUCACUCCUGUUCAUCCUAGGAGCCCGACAUUGUCCUUUAUUGAAACUUUGGGAAGGAGAGCUUUUGGUUCAUCGUUGUGCAAUGUAGCACAAUGGAAGUUCACUCAUAUCCAGUCUACUGCCAAGUCUCAUGUCUGCAUCAGUGCGUUUUAGUUCUGGGAACAUGUACAUAAUUUAUGCAAUUGCCAGGGCACGGUGUGGAGAAUAAAAAUGGUCAUAAACACUGUGAGACCUGGUGUCACACGAACCUAUCUGCUAACUAUGCCAAGGGUGUUAUUUUUCUAUCUUUUCUCUAUUUAUUUCUCAAGCAACUUUGUUUCAGGACGUUUUCAAACACCACCGUCUCACUUCUACUUCUGAAAUGUAGUGGAUGUUCUCCACAUCAAUAGAAGGCACAUUAUUUGCUUCUAUUGCAAUCUUGGGGCUUUUUAAGCUUCACCUGGGCUUGCGUGCAGGUUCCACUGGCGUUUGUUUUCUACGCUGUGGCUUUUGUGGUAUAUACUUUUCUGUCCUGGUUUGUUUUAUAGUCUAGAAGACUUUGUGCCAUGCGGUGCAUUUGCAGGUUUCCAUGGCAUAUGCAGCAAGAGAAAAAUAUGACAUUUUCUUUUUGUAUAAAGCAAAUAGGCCGUCGGCCUUGAAAAGUUGGGUCUGUAUGUUUUUGAAGGUCUCAUAACAGUGUACAGCUCAUUUCUAACAUGGUUCCCUGUGUAGUUUAGUAUUUUGUGUUUACUUGUUUUCUUGCUUUUCUAGCCAUUUCUUUUUCUCCAUGUAUUCUCAAUUGUGAGAAUUGGCUGUUGAAGUGUAAAUUAUUUGCUUGUCUGCUAUUAUGAUAAUGACUGUACAUCACUAAUAUUAUUCUUGUAAUUAUUACAUGGUGCGCACUAUUUGGCACUGAGUAGCAGCCAUAUCCAGCGGCAGCCAUGUUGCUAUGUGCAACUUCUUUUUGUACUCUCUGCUGGGCAACAAAAGGCACUGUGUGGCAGGCAUGUUUGCUGUUUCGGCUUUUGUAGUUUGUCUCGCGAGAACUCUCACAGGCAUGUUCUUGUUUGCUGUGGAAUGGACUGGAAUUGAAAUGUUGUGCAUUUCGACCAUUUAACGUUGCCUCUUGUGGGCAUCAUAACAUAGUUUGCAUAGGCACGUUCCUGUCAUUGGGCUAAUUUAUAUAUAUAUGCACACACAGUGGGCGAAGUGUUUUUUGGUAAUCCUCCUUGAUUGAGUUUUGAGUUCCCACAACACAAGAUCUUCACAUAUAGAGAAACGUCUUUGCAGAAACUAACAAAACUAAGGAUGAAGGAAGGAAAGAUAGGAACAGCAAGACAUAAAGUUUUACUGUAGGCAGUGGAAGAUAUAUGGUACCAUUUUAAUGUAUUUAUAAUAAGAUAAUUGACAAUAAUUGUACCAUUCAAAUGUAUUGAUUAUUGCAUUUUUGCUAUGGAUUAUCCAUUCAUUCAUUGCAUUGAUUAUUGUUAUAUCUUUAAUGUGAUGAUGCCUGACCUGCUGUAGUCUGCAGUAUGUCCUAAGUAAAUAACGGAUACAUAUUCUGUUUUGCAUUCAAAGAAACUUCAGUUGCAGGUCACUAGACAGUGGCGGUAUCCAUCUUUCCUUUCUAUGGUCAUUGUUUUGCUAGGCUGUUGUUGCGAAGACGCUUUCUAUAUGCGAUGGUGGGUGUCUUCUGUAGUGGGAACUGAAUCAUUGCCAGAAGACUCAUUUCACUUGUGAUUAUCCUGUGACUUCAGAACGGGUUUGCUCAGUAAAACUAUUUUCUGAUUAGAAUUUUCUCCAUAAGGAGCAACAAGCUUGCAAGUGAAUUAAUGUGAGAUGGUCAGUGAAUUACACUACCUGCAGGGGUGUCUGAUCAUGUGGGCAUUUAUAUAGUUUUUUUUUUGAAGGCAUUAUACGGAAAAGAAUUUAGAGAAGUCACACGGGCGUUUAAAGCUCACUGCUUUUAGAGCCUCUGUUAAGUCUGUCCUGGCCAGAAAAAUCUCCUGGGAGGAAGGUGCCAGCUGAAAAAUGAGUUUUCAGUAAAUGCGAAGUGCGGGGGCGUAGCAUUACAUGAAACUGCGAUGGACUGGUCAUUGUGAGCAGAUUUUCUUGCACAGGUCCAUGCCUGUGAGAUUCUCAGCCGUCGGCAUUUUGUUCUGCUUUGGUGUGUCUUGCACCAGUGUCUCUGUGACAGGUUGCACUUGUUGCACCACGAACGGGUGUUAAGUUGCGCUUUGGUUGCCUUGUGUAGUUGCAGUUUUCACCGUUGUUCACACACUUGAGUUGCUGGCGACUGUUGAUGACCAAGGGUGGUGUCACAUCGUUUGUUUUUUGUUAGUUACUUUUUACAAACAUGUUCCAUUUAUUUUGUGCUCUAGGGGUGGACUGUUUGUGUGGUUUCACGAGAAUGAUUUUCCUUUUUUGAUGCAUGCAAGGUGUUCCUUUUUUUGCAUGUAUGCAUGUGUGUGUGUUUGCGUAUUGUGUCGAAUGGAAUUUGUUGUGUGCGUGUGGAACGUUUGAUAGCAGCCACACGAGAGGUUCUGUAUGUAUAUGUGCGUUCCUUGCCAUUGGAGGUGAGCGCUGGUUUCUAGAUGUCGAAGUUCCAUAUGCCAAUAAACACAUUCACCUUUUUUUUUUCACACAUGUAUGAAAAGAGAUGAGAAAGAAAACUAAA